UGGGAACCUUGUAUGGGUGGGAGCAACGAACUAACCAAAGCAAAGUGGUUACCUGAAGAUGUCUGACAAUGCAGAAUGCCCAAUAGAAACGCAAAAAGAGGAGUCGCAACCGCUGUCAGACGACGCGACGACAAAUGAUGAUAAGAAAAAAAUUGAUGUUCUGUUGAAGGCAGUGGGAGACACUCCUAUAAUGAAAACAAAGAAGUGGGCAGUGGACAGGGGAAGGACGGUACAGUCCCUGUCUCAGUUCAUCUCUCGCUUCCUCAAGCUUGACAGCAGUGAACAACUGUUCAUUUAUGUUAACCAGUCUUUUGCCCCCUCACCGGAUCAAGAAGUAGGAGUCCUCUUUGAUUCUUUUGGCAGCGAUGGCAAGCUGGUUUUAUACUACUGUAAAUCUCAAGCCUGGGGUUGAACUGCUUUCUUAAACUCCAUUUCAGACCUCCCCCUUUCCUAAACUCAUCCUCCAAACAUGCACACAAUGUUGUUUUUUCUUUGACUUCUUCUGUACAUACAUAUUGUAAAUAAAUUAUUGUGACUAUGUAAAGCUCUUCCAACCUAUUUUUUUUGGCAU